ACGGAGUGGAAUGAUGUGGCAGGAUGCAUCGCAACUGGAUGAGAGGCCUGACGCGAUUCGAUUCCAAGAGGAGGCAUUCGCCAUGACAAAGGUAACUUAUGGCCGAGUCAGCGUGAUGACAUCCUGGUCUAAUUUGGUCGGCUUGCUCAUGAGGCUUUACAUCGCACAAUAAGACCAACUCGGGUCUCUGUUCGGGAUGCAGUACAUUGGCUUACCUUGGAAGAAGCUCUGGAGGAUAUUUUCACGAUUUUGAUGCCACUCUGUCUGUGGGACUGCGUUAUAGACACGAUUGUGUGGAAUUCUGCUGGGUUGCGCUCCGAUCGGCGUGCAGAGGUAGUGGUUUCAGAGAGGGUUGGGCUUUUUUGCGGUCGUUCUGUGCAGUACAAGUGGGUGCUUAGACGGAGUUGUAACAGGGGACGGUGAAGGCGUUGGUGGUUGGCGGUGAAGAAGCGAGCAAAAUUGUGAGCAGUAUCGAAGGAUUUGGAGGAGUUUUCUUAAGAGUUCCUUCUUUGCUUGUCGUUCCGUUUCCUUUACUUGCUUAGUGUGGCGUUGCCGGUGCUAUAUGAUUUGUAGCCAUGGGUGUGGAAAAGGCGCCUCCUCCAAUCAUCUCGACUUUAAACCCGAAUGCGAGUGUGUUUGUGCCUGCGUCUCUUCAUGUGCUAUCGGAAAAGGAUGGGAUGCCUGACGAUGUUGUGCCUCCUCCGACGGAUGAUCGUAUCGCACCGGGGCCAUACUCCGACGAGUGGUGGCACCUAAUGGAAACCGAUUCCGCUUUCCGACAUCAGUAUUUGUCAAUGUGUCCAAAUGAACAGGAGAAGAAUAUCCUUGCGGAAGAGUUUGAUGUGAGUGCAGACUCUGACGAUUUUUUCAGUUACCAAGAGAAACUUGCUCUUCAGGAGGAAGAGGAGGAGUUGGCUCGUAAAUUGGCGGAAAUCGACUACCUUGAGGAUGAGGAUCUAAGCCUCACUACUACAAAUAACUGCAAAGACGUGAAGUCCCCCAAGCAGCAGUUGCAGGUACCGUGGUCCAAGAACUCUUUUCAGUAUCAGAAUAAGGCCGUGUCAUACAAGGCGGGUGGUUACACUAGAAAGACGAAUGCUUACCACCGUAUUCAUCAGCCGCGCACGGAUAUGUAGAUAGAUUAAAUUAUUCGUGUACUUCUAAGCGCUGUGUGGUCGCUGUGCAUUUUAAAAAGGUAGUAUUAUAAUGUCGUGUACAAUGAUCUCCGGAAAUGUAGUUAAGCUCGCACUUCUGUCAGUCUUUUUGGUCUUCAAAUUCUAUCGUCACCCUUUGUUGAGCGUUGUCGUUACGCUAAAAUGCUACGGCGGUGGCAUGAAACUUUACAGAGAUCUUAAGGUCAGACUGCUUGCUGUUCCCGAUUCUUUGAAAGAUCAUCCCAUGCUCAUGUGAAUUUGUGCUGUUGGUCGGUGCAGCAAUUGUUUGCCAUAAAGGUUAUUAUUUAGUAUAAGUACUUCCAAUA